AUAGGAAGCCCCACCAAAGGUCCCAGUGCUGCCCUCCGCAGCCAUUUUGGCUCAAGGGGCUCCACCGAUCUGAUUCCCGAGAGCGCUGGACGAUGCACGUCCUCGUCUCGGGAGGGACCCCUCCGUCGGUCGGGCCAUGAGCUUGCGCGUGAACAUGGCCAGCCCGCGCGCGGGCACACCAGGGGCGAGCGAUGGCACGCCGCCAGAGGGAGCCCCGGCAGGCCAGGAGAGCGGCGACUCGAGCGUGAGCACGCGAACUCACUCGCGCGCGAACACAGAGCACGCGGACACGCGAGGCACGAUCUCGCGAACGAGUUCGCGCGCGGCCACGCCAGGUGAGGACCUUCACUACCGCAUCGGAGCUGAGAGAUGGUGCAUCACGAAAUCUGACCUGAGCCAGCUGCGCAAGGAUGUGACAACGGCGAUCGCGCAAGGGCGGAUCCGGAGCACGAGCAGUGAUCCGUUCGACCCCAAGGACACCAAAGUUGGUCCCAACAUCUACACGGUCGUGGACCAAUUGAUAAAGCCUCUUACGGAUAUUGAUGGGCCUUCAGGCGGUGCCAGUUAUGCCCUCACGCAUCACCCGGACGGUAUCGAGUGCGAAGUAUUCAUCACACAUGCGUGGUGUGAAGGUGUUUACGAGUUCAUCGAUAAAGUUCUCGCGUCUUGGCCGUGGGGCAAACGUUCUGCAUACGCUUGUAUGCUGUCCAACCCUCAGAACGGCGAUUUCCUCGCAAGCAUGAUAUCAAGCCCUUCGGCAUCGCCAUUCGCCCGUGCGUUGUCACACGCUACCCACGUGAUUGCGGUGCCAAACCAGACCGUCGGUAUCUACACUCGUCUAUGGUGUUGUUACGAGGCUUAUCUGGCCUACUGUUGGGGAAAGGAAAUCUUCACUGCUGGGACGCCCAUGGGGACCAGAGCGGUGUUGAACACCGUAUGUGGCCCAUUCUUGACGAUGGUUGUCACUGCGGCUUUGGGCAUGGUCUGUAUGACUGAUGGAAUGCUGCGCUCGGACUUGGUAGCCAACGUGACCUGGUGGUUUACGAUGCCUGCGUAUGUGAUUUCUCUUGUGCACGCUUCGCUUUCAGCGCCAGGCCUGCGACGCACCGUGUCCAUUUAUCUCUCCUCCGUGCUCACGGCGUUCAACGCGUGCGUGAUGAUUCGGCGCCAGUGGAUUCCCAACGCAGUGGAAGGCACUCUGUCCAGCACAGCACAUGUCACAACCAUCGGUUGGAUGUGGAUGUCAGUCGUGCCCAUGCUCUUGGCGAUAGACGGUGUGCGAGGGACACUGCGCCAGGCAGACCUUGUGCGGCUUGGCCUGGGUUUUAGUGGGACGGUCCUUGAGUCCUCGUGCGCACUGGAAGGCGAUAGGACGAGCAUAGUCGGAUGCAUUGGGGAUGAAAUUGCAAGAGUCGAUCAGUCCAUUCGUGUCUUGCUGAAGACCGGCAUGUCGACUGCAUCGAUGCGAAAGGGCGCGAGCCUGGGGAUCGCCGUGGAGAGGUUGAGCUUCAUUCAGUGGGGGCCAGCCUACCUCCUGUGGUCAUGCUGGAUUUUCCUCUGCCUGGGCCUGUACAGGCCAGGGUUACUGCAGCUCGAGUCCGCGGCGGGCAUAGCAUCGUGGCAGGCAACACAGUGUGGUUAUCCUGUGAUGCAUCUCAUCAUAUUCGCGGCGUCUUCCCGGGACCACAGAAGUUUCAUUGUUUAUGUCACGUAUAAACUUCUGGUCUGGCUGGUUGCAAUGGAUGCGCUUGUUAACACUUUGGGUCUGGCCGCGAUGUAUCAGCCUACAGCCGUUGCGUACAACUUGUUCGGCAUGUUGUCGUUCGUGAUCAGUGCCAUGGGCUUGGGCAGGCUGGCGUCCAUUCCCCUGGUAGGAGAGCGCUGCGCACGCUGGCUGAUCGGUACAGCUCCGCGCGUUGAGGCCAUCUACCGUGACCCGGUUCCAACGGUCGCUGGGGGAUGAGGCACGGCGGCUACCAGCACAAGUUUACGAGAAGCUCGGGACGCUUGUGCGGCCGAGUGUGUGUAUAUACACCGACCUGUUCGGGCCGAUUUUUGUUUUGAGUGUUGGGCCAAAGCGGUUUUGGCGCAGUGGCCGAUAGAGGGAGCAAGCGCCAUGCGCCCCGCCUGGGCGCGUUUGUCCAGGGGCGGGCAAGGCCGCAGCGGCCCCGGCACCCAUGGCGGAAAACCGCCGCCCAUGGUGGUGAUGCCGUCUCUAGGCGAGGGGUGCCUCGUUUCGAGGCCAUGAAUGCGUGCCCGUAGCCGGGCACGCGAGAAAAUUUAAACAGGGCCGCACGCUGGCCGGGGAACGCGCGCGGGCCUGCUCGCCAGCACCCCAACCCAUCCACCACAUUGGGGAGGGGAGGAGUACAAACUCUGGCCCGAUUGGAAAUGAUGCCGCCAAGGGGGUUUCGGCACCGAAAAAAAAAACUGCUAUAAAUUCUACACCCGGGCCCUCAAUGUUCAUUCGAUCGAGGCUGUUUAGGCCAUUCGAUCGUCGUUCAGUCGCUUUGUUAUUGCGAGUAUUUCCUUUCCAGGGCAGGUCCUCUGGCUAGAAGGCAGAAUUUGUUGUACACUAGACGCCCCUGUUCCUUUGGGCUUAUGGGUGGCGCGCGAGUCGUUCAGCACCACCAAGUGCAAUUGGCUUGGUCCGGUUUGUUUCUUUCCUGUGCAAGCCUCGUUUCUUCCAGAUAGCGACCCUUGAGAAGGCUAAGGUGUCGUGCUGCUCUCUUGCUGGUGUAAGUUUUACAUCCGAGAUAGCACUGACGAUCAUCCAUCCGUAUGCGGCGAACAGUCCAAACAAAAAAAAAAGGUCCCAGUGCUGCCGCGCGCAUGCGUCCCGC